ACAAAAAUCGAGUACAAUCCACCAGAGCAGAGUGGGAUUUGUACGUAUUCCCCACAAAACAUCCUUGAAUUGUUGCAGCGAAUUAACACCAAUCUCGUCGCGGUGCUUUCUUUCCUCUCUCAGCUACUCUUCCUGCCACCGCCGCUGUCGCACACCGAUUUAAUCUGCUUUUGUUUGCGAACUCGUCCCUUUCGUGCGAGUUUCCGUGCUCGAAUUGCCAAGGUGAAGUUGGGGUCGGAUUUGGAAAAAUCGGGUGGAUUCAGACGCCAUGGCGGUCCGGAACUUGGUAUGGGGAGUUGCGAUGCUGGUGGUGUGUAUGAUUUGCGUCGCGGAGGGUUCGCGUGUGAAUUUUGGUACUGUUGCAAGGAGAGGAAAGCUGAUCAGACAGAACGCAUUUGUGUCGAGGAUUAAUUUGUGCGACACAUGCCUUCAGCUCUCGCAAGAAGCAUUAACGGUGCUGGCUAACCCAGAUACGCCCAAGCAGGUCAUCGACAAGGCGGAUGAGUUCGUUUGCCACUCUCUUCAACCUGGGCUAAAGAAGAAGUGUGAAAAGAUGGUGGCUGAAUAUGUACCGCAAGCGAUCUUGGAGCUGGAAACACUGCUCGGACCAGAAAAACUUUGCUACGAGUCGGGCGUCUGCAUGCCCCCUGCUAUCAAGGCUUUCCAAGAUGAGAAGAAGAAGUGCACAGUUUGCCAAGAUCUGGCCACUGACGCUUUGACCUACUUGGAAAAUAACAAAACUCGUGAGGAAAUCGUCAUUGCUCUUCACCUUGGGUGUUCACAGCUGAGGGAGCUAAGCAAGUCGUGUGAUCUAUUGGUGGAUUUGUACUCCGCACGAAUGAUGGAGCAGCUUGAGAACAUCACACCUCAGGAAUUCUGUCAGAUGACCAAGAUGUGCAAGCCAUCAAGAAUGGUCUCGGCUGGUAACGACUGUGCCACUUGCCAGUUUGCUAUCUUGGAGAUCAAGAUAAAAUUGGAGGACCCAAAGACCCAGGAGAAGGUGCUGGAGGCGUUCAUGAAUAGUUGCAACCGUGUCGUCAACCACGUUGACGAGUGCAAGUUGCUUGUGGCACAGUAUGGCCCAUUCGUUCUCGCCAAUAUCGACAAGAUACUCGAUUCUCAGGCACUGUGCUGCAAGACUGGUUUCUGCCAGAGUAGAAUUUGUCCCCAGAAGGCUAAAGGGUGGACGGAAACGAUGGCUAUGCUUUUCCACGUGGAUGAGGGUCCUCUUAUUGCAUUACCACACGAGCGCCUCACCAGAACUCAUUGAAGACCUAUGCAAAUGUGCGAAGGGGUGCUUUGACGCAUGAAUAGUCAGAUUUGUGUGGUAUAGAAUUUUCCAGUUAUGCGCUUGUAUUUAUGUAGAUAACACUCAAAAUUGGUUUGGUUGCUUACUAGAAUCACUUUCAUUUAUCUUUGUAACUUAGCUGGCGAGGCUACGUAAAAUUAAAAAUAAUAAUCAUGCAUGUCUCUUCAACAAAGACAUUUGAUGUGUUUCACUA